AUGGAACAGGAUAAAGGGAAACUUGGAUUCUCUCCCUCUUUUCCUUCUCUUGAUCUCUUCUUCCCUCCCUCCCUCGGUCUCUUCAACCCCUCCCUCCCUCUCUUCCCCCUCGGUUUCUUCCCCCGUCGGUCUCUCGCUCUCCUCCCUCCCUGGGUCUCUCUGUCUCUUCCCUCCCUCCCUCCCUGCCUCGGUCUCUUCCCUCCCUUCCCUCCCCUGCCUCGGUCUCUUCCCUCCCUCCCCCUGCCUCGGUCUCUUCCCUCCCUCCCUGCCUCGGUCUCUUCCCUCCCUCCCUGCCUCGGUCUCUUCCCUCCCUCCCUGCCUCGGUCUCUUCCCCCUCCUCCCUGCCUCGGUCUCUUCCCCUCUCUCGUCUCUUCCCCUUCUAUUUCUCUCGCUCUCUUCCCCUUCUAUUUCCCUCCUCUUCUCCUCCCUCUCUCUCGGUCUAUUUCUUUGUCUAUUCCCCCUCUCUCUCUCUGGCUGCUUCUCUCUCUCUUUCUCUCUCUGCCUAUUCCCCUCUCUCUCGCUCUCUUCCACUCCCUCCGUCAUUUCGUCUUUCGAUCCCUCUCUCUCAGCCUAUCUCUCUUUUUUCCCUCCCUCCUCCUCCUCUCUCUCUCCCCUUCCUCCUUCUCCCCUUCCUCCUUCUUUCCUCCUUCUCCCCUUCCUCCUCCCUCCCUUCCUCCUCCUCUUCCCCCCUCCUCUUCCCCCCCUCCCUCCUCCCCCCUCCUCCCCUCCCUUCCCUCCCCUUUCUCCCCCUCUCUCUCCCCUCUCUUCCUUCUUCCCCCUUUCUCUUCCCUCUCUCCCCCCUCUCAGUCUAUUGCUCUGUCUAUUUCUCCCCUCUCUCUCAGCCUAUCCCCUCUCUUUUUCUCUCUCUCUCUAUUCCUCCUUCCCCAUAUUUCUGUCUGUCUCUCACUGCCCCCUCCUCCUUCUCUCUCUUCUGCAUUCUGUCCGUUUUGCACUCGCUUCCUCUCUCUCCCUCCCUUCCUACUUCUCCCUCCCCACCCUGUAUACUUCCUCAUCAGCCGACAUUUACUCAACAUGGGCCAAACCCAUUUCUCUGAAAGUUCUUUUUACACACGCGAUAGUAUGCUGUCUCCCCUUCGUUCUGCCGCAAUAGAAUCGUCCUAUAACUCUCGUCACCCUCUCGGUCGAUUUCGCGCACUUGAGCCGGGAACACGGUCGCUUGCUGAACAGGGGUGCGUUAGUAUAAUUAAACCUAACUGUUUUUCUUUUUUUUUUCUCCGUCUUUCCCCACCCCUGAAAUCCUUACUGAGCUCGACAUAUUCUAUGGCAUCCAUCCAGUCAUUUCUGUCUACCACUUCUUUGGAAGAACUUGUCAAUGCUGCUUCUCUCCAAAAGGAAGAUGCAGGUACCUUCACAAAAGAUGGAGCUGAAACCAAAGAAGAAAAAGAUAGGAAACAGCUGACGUUAACUCAGGAAGAAGGGUCCAAACGCUAUUCGCCACCUAAAGUGUGCCCCGACCACAAUGUCGAAACAGGUGCUACCCGUAUUGUAUUAAAUGGUAACCUCAAGGUUUAUGAAGAGAACCAUCUACUUGGCAAUAAUGAACACUGCCUUCGCCAUCAUCACAAUCAUCAUCAUAUUCAGCAAAGUUUCCAUAGUAACCAUGGCCACCCUCAUCACAACGCCAAGCCAGAAACUGUUAAAGGGCUCGGCCCCAAAUGUGUCCCUCCUUCAGUCUCUGUUCAUCGCCAUAAACAUAAACGGCAACACAGUACGAAAUGUUCCCAUUCGACAUCAAUCGCUUCUCAACAGAACUCCACUCGCCAUUCUCCACAAAACAAAGACAAGAAAACUAGGAAAGUACGAAAUCCAUUAAAGAAAAUUAAUAAAACGGUAAGUGAAGAUUAUAUUUGGCAUCAUUUAGUCUUCUUGCUGCAUGUUUCUGAUUUCAGAGAUCUUUCAUGA